CUUAGGCCCCAAAACUGCCACUGGUGACUCACCAGUAUAGUACUUUAUACUUUGUAAACCAUUUCCACUAAAGCAGGGAGAAUGGGGUCCCUAAAUAAUCACCUGUAAGUUUGAGAAAAAAAAAAAAAGAAAAAAAAAAAAAAAAAAACUAGACACCUCAAAACACUAAAAUGUUCCGUGACGCAAACAUGAGAAUCUUCCAUUUUCAUCACAUUCCGUAAAUGGAGGUGAGGUGAGGAAAAUCCGGCCUGAAGGAAUGAUGUAAUGAAGACGUUACAUCACAAUGACGACCCGUUUCUUGGUAGCGGGCAGCUCUCAUCAACAACAACAAAAAAAACAGGGAUGAAACCCACCGCCGGUGAUCAUCUAACAGCAGUAAAGUAGCAGAGAGUGGCGGUGCGAAAGUAUCGCUUUGCUGCUGUGUUAAGAUGAUGAAAUUUUUCAAGAUUCCAAGGAUGAGAGGGUCAAGUGAUACUGCUGACAGUGCCUCCAUUGCCACCGCAGGCAGUGACAGUAGAGAAAAUAAGAUGGGCACGUUUCACAGGGCUGCCUUGCAUGGUGAUUUGAACAAACUGGAGCAGCUUGUCCAAAUUGUUGGUAUCAAUCAUGUUGACAAGGAGAACAGAACAGCACUUCACAUCGCUUGUUCCCUUGGAAAUGUGGAGUUGGUGAAAUAUCUUGUCAAGAGAAACAUCAAGAUAGAUUUAUGUGAUAAGCAUCAUAAGUCUGCUUUACUAAUGGCAGUGGAAGCACAGCAUGAACCUUGUGUCAACAUUUUGCUGGAACACAAAGCCAAUCUCAACCUUGCAGAUUUAAAAGGAAACACACCUUUACAUAUUGCCUCAUGGAUCCCGUCAAUCUCUACUGCCAUCUCGCUUGUUAAGCACAAUGCUGACAUCAAUGCAAAAAACCUGGAAGGCAUUUCACCGCUGACCAUGGCAGUAGAAAAGGACCAUAUAAAUGUGGCAGAGUUUCUGUUGAAGAAAGGUGCUGAUGUGAACAUUUUGGACAGACGCCGAAGGUCACCAUUAAUGAUAGCUGCAGGCAAAGGACGCCUCCAAAUGGUGCGAAUACUCUUAAAAUUUGGAGCCAACACUAAUCUGACAGAUUGCAGAGGACAAUCAGCCAUGGACUACGCCGACAUGGAAUGCCGUGAUCGUUGUAAGAAAGCUAUUGGUGAUCACAUUAAGAAGCAGUCAUCCUCCAUCUUGCUCUUGCCAUGUUCAACUAAAAAGAGGUCAAAAUCACUGGAACGUUCUGCUAGCAAAGAUGCUGUUUGUUUUGACCGUGCGGGUACACCCGGUGGGCGAAGGGAGGACCCAAAACGUAAAGAGAGCGAAAUUAGUCAAUUGCUAAAGCUUUUCUCCCCCUUUGAUGAAGGAAUUGAUUCGGACUGCGAUAAAGCCAGCUACGACAGUAAAAGAAUCCGACCUGAAGGUUCAGUGACUUCUCAGAAAUCGGAGGAAUUCCCAGAUUGCUCCGCUUCUUCUAUGGAAGUGAGAGGGGUGGAGACACAACUAAAAAUAUCAAGGACGAUAUCUGAUAAAUUACAAAUGAGCCCAGGGCUGAGAAGAUCUCAUACAAAGAAGCUGCUUCCAGACAGUGACAGCUCCCCUGCUAUCUCACCGAGAAGCAUCAAAUGUCAAUUGGAUUCCGACAAGCCAGCAAGCAGACAACAAAAGGGGAGAAACACUGAGUGGUCUUUUCAGGUUGCCAAAGAGGACGGCCGGGUUAUUUCAGUGAAGAAUCUUUGUGAAAUUGAGAGAAGAGUGUCCGAAGGACAUGCAAGUGUAAAGACGGAGAGUUCACUGAGCCGCAAAGGGAGUUCAUUGAGAAGCAAAGAAAUGAUGAAUCAUUCUGAAACCUGUUUGCUUUCAAAGAAGCAUGGAACCCCCUCUGCAAGGAAAAUGCUGGGGGAAAGGUCAGUCUCGCAUCAGCGGUUGUCCGUUGUAAACAAACCUGACGAGCCGACUGUCGAGGAAUUCUCUAUGUUGGCGGUGGUUAGCACGACCCACCCUAGCGGAAAUGUUCCGAACAGUAAAGAUCCCACUGGGAAUGAUGAGAGCUCACUAAGUGAUGUGUCGGAAGAAGAAGGAAGGUGGCAAGCCAAACAAAAGCCCAAAAAGCAGCGCAUUGACGAAAUAGAGGUCUCCGAAGAGCUUGAUGAGAUCACAUCUUCAUCAGAUUUAACUUUUGAGGACUGUGAGCUCCACUGUUCUACCCAUCAGGAACGCCCAUUUAAGAUAAAAAUGGAGGAUAUGCCACAACACAAGCUCCCCAUUCUCAGGCCAAAAGACCAUCAUGCCUGUGCUGUAAAGAUGAGCAAACUCAAAAGUGAGAAAGCAGACUUAAGGAGCAAAAUGGAGGAAGUUAAAGAUGGUCAAUGUGUUAUGGAGCAUAAACACAUGCAAAUGGAAACGGAAAUCACGAACCUCAGGCUAUCGUCGAAACAACAACAAGAGGAUUGCAUUAAUACCAUCAGAAUGGCCCACCUGAACAAUGAAAAGCUUGAGCAGGAACUACGACAAGCCCAUGUACAGUUAUCUCAGGAACGUUGUGCAAAUGCACAGCUACAGCAAAAGCUAAAGAGCCAGGACUGCAAGCAACAGACCAUAGAAGAAGACUACAAAAGAGCCAAAAAUAAUGAGGAUUUACUGAGAUCGGAGCUUCAGGCUACCCAGACGCACACUAGCAACAAACAGAGAGACCUUGUCGAGGAGAAUGAACGACUCAAGGAACAGCUUGAAGAUAUUCACCAAGAUUUCAAACUGGCAAAUGACAACCAGCACCAAAGUGUCGUGGAAUGGAACAACGUGAUUACGGGAUUAAAGUGUGAAGUUACACUCCUGAAUGCCAGGUUGGAGGCUCAGUGUCAGGCUCAUAGUGUUUUGGAAGCCGAGGCUCAGAGCGUCCGCAACCGCCUGGCAGAGGCCGACCAACUUCGCUCGGAGACGGACAAAGCUCUGCUCCAAGAAAAGGAGGAACAGCAGAGACUAAAAGACAAAUUUGCAGGUGAGAUGGCCAGUCAACGAGAGGUUGUCGCCAAACUAGCCCAGAAGUUAGCCAAGGCAAAGGCACAUGGCAACACGAUGGAGAAUGAGUUGCAUACAGUGAAAGUGAUGCUGUCAGAUAAAAAUGCACAGAUUGCCACCUUGAACCGUGAGAUGGAGCAGAUAAAUGUGCGCAUUAAAGAACUGGAAGCUGCUCUACAAACUGAGAAGGACUUGGUCAGCUGGGCCGGAGCACGGCAAGAAGCCACACAGGAUCUCCUUGGUCAAUCCCAGAGUGAAAAUGUAUUGCUACGGCAAAAGCUGGAGGAGAUCCAAAAACAAUGUGUAGCAAAGGAGCUCGCUGUAGCAGAUGCCCAAAAGUGUUUCAGUGAAAUUUUAGCCAAACUUCGUUCUGACUGUGAGGACAGAGUACAACUCGUGCAGGACAGAAAUCAGGAUCUAGCAGCGAAGGCACAUGAACUUCGAGAACAUAUGCACCUUUUGCAGGAGGAGAAAAAUGAAAGAGAAGCAAGUCUAAGACAGCUGCGAGCACAGUUAGCAGACUCUAUGAAGAGGCUGUCAAAGUGUGAAGCUUCUUUGGAGCUGCACAUACGGUAUCGGAGUGAAGCUGAGGAAGAGAAAAUCCGGCUUCACAAAGAAAUAGACAGGGUUAAAAAAAAGAUGGAUGAAAAAGAAUGUCAUUACAUACUGGUUGAGAAACAGGCAUCCGAACUAAAGACUCGUCUAGAUGAAAGAGAACAGCAACUCUGCAUUUCUACUCAGAAACAUAAGGAGGCGCUGUCACUCGUAGCUGCCGGCAAUAACGCUGUCAAACUACUGGAAGAGUCAGUGCAGAGGCAUCGAUCUCUACUCAAAGCUGCUAAGAGGAAAUUGCGAGAUCACAUAGCAAGUGAAAUAGAGAGAGAAAAGGUUAAUGAGCUCCAGGCUGAGCUGAAGAGGCAACUGUCCUUUCGCGGACUUUUGGAAAAGAAUAAGAAACAUUUGGAGGAAGAGGUUCAGACCCUAAGACGCAAAGUGGAAACCAACACGGUGGAGAACAGGCAUGUAGAGCACUAUCGCCAUGAGAUUGAGGAGAAGGCCCGACAGGAAAUACAGAAAAAAAUUCACGAGGUCAACCUAUUCUUGCAGUCCCAAGCAGCAACACAAGAGGCUCAGGACCAGAUUAAAGCCACUACUGAGGUCAGCCUGCGCUCCAAAAUCCAAGAACUGGAAGGGGAACUGAAACGAGCUCGAAGCAUCCAGAAUGACGCCAUCACGCAAAGAGACGCCUUACACAAAGAGCUGAAGCGCUACCGACAGAUGCACAGAGAUGAGCAGUGGCUCCGCAAGUCUCUUUCGAAUGAACUGAAAAGGAGUAACAGUCGGCUUACGGAAGCCAACGCCAGAUUGCUAAGUGAGCGCUGCAAGUCUAUUGUCUCCUCAGGCCCCCCUUGUACCACAGGUACCCCAUGUACACCAGGCCCGCUAGCUUCUACCUCCGGCACAGCAACAGCACCAGCACCGUACAGGAUGCGCAACUCCAGAAUUCUGAGCCCUGUGGCUGAAGGACACAGCAGCAACGUGGAGGAAUACCUGUGCAAGAAAUCAAAGGAGAAAAGUAAAAACUGCACCCCUCACACGGAUUACCUCGCUGACCACAGAAAACACUCGUGGAAGUAACAGAUUGCAGAAAAUCGAAGAAGACGAGCAAGGCCAAAGCAAUUCAUGUUCAUGUUCACGUUCAUGUAUAUUGGGCCCGCAUUCCUCGAGCGUGAAGCUGUCAGAAAAACAGAAGAGCAGAAUUCGGAGCAGGGAGGCCCUGAAGAACAAGCAUGAGGCAUGCCUCAGCAGUAGCCAAACGCUGAGGUGGACGUGACUGAGAACUUCAGUAGCAUCAGACUGAUGAGACGCCGUUUGAUCUCACAGUACUUGCUGGCUGUUGGCUCUUUUAAUGAAUAAAUCCACAUAAAGAGCAUGGCCAGACCAUAUUGCUCUUGUAAUUUUGGUGCUACAUUUUAAAAAACUGAAUGCACCAAUCUUUUGUGUCACGUUCCAUCAAAUUACUAUUUCCCUUUAAUGGAAAAUAGUAAACACAUACAAUGCACAUUGCACUUAAGCACUCACACCGUCAGCCACAUUCUUAGGCAUGUGAUACAAUACUUAACUGUUGCAAAAUGUGUCUUGAAAUUGCUUGGCUGCUGUAUCACAAGUUACCCAUUCUACUUCACUGCCAAGUGCAACCACAAUGAAACUUUUUAUACCUCCCUUGACAGUGUUGAUCUAACUAAGCAUGGAAAGGCAAAAUUCAUGAUCACAGUAAAUUGCAAAUGUGUCUAAAAGUGGCUAACUGGUGUGAGUUACUACCAUGUUCUGUAUGUCUCAUCGUAAAAGAAAAUAUUUUUAUAAGCAAUGUACAGGACAGGUUUAAUUUAAUCCUGGUUUGGGAUUUUUAUCUGUUAUUGUUGUCUUUGAAUUUGAUGUAUGUAUCAUUAAUUAUUUGAUAUGUGCGAUCACAUGUGGAAAUGUUUGUAUUUGUUUUUUGUAUGUUUUUUUUUUAUGGAACAAGAUAAUGCAACUAAGAUAUUGCUGCAUUUUUAUGGCCAUUUAUGUGUUUUGUCCUUUGUUUCUAUUUGUGUUUAU